AGAAAGGGUGAAAGAGAAGGAGAGACAAAGGGUGGGUGGGAGAGAGUAUGAGGAAGUGGAAGAGGGACGAGGGAAGUGGAGAGGUGGGUGUGAGAGUUGGGAAGUGGGUGUGGAGUGGGGAAGUGAAAUAGCGAAGAGAGUAAAAAAGCAAAGAAACUUAGAAAGAAGAGAACGAAGAG